AGGUAAACCAAACCCUAAGCACUCACCGCCUUUCUUCUUCCCCUGGUAAAACCACAACCAUGGAAUAAAAAGCUCUACAUAAGCAACGAACUCAAACACCUUCCACUUUUGGCCUCUUUUUAGUUCCUUUCUUUGUUUGGAUUAACAGUGUUUAAGAUAUGGGCAUGAACUCAUGAUGCACCAGUGUUCUCCCCCUUCGUGAACCUUGAAUAGUUGAUCAAAGCUGCUACAAAAACCCUAAAAGUAACUAAAGAGAGAGGAGAGAGAGAGAAAGAUGGUGGGCUCAGGAACUACAGAUAGAAACAAAGAAGCAGUUGGAAUGAUGGCUCUUCAUGAAGCUUUACGAAGUGUUUGUUUUAAUUCUGACUGGACUUACUCUGUUUUCUGGACCAUUCGUCCGCGCCCGCGAGUUAGAGGUGGUAAUGGCUGUAAAGUUGGAGACGACGUCGGGAGCCUGAUGUUGAUGUGGGAAGACGGGUUUUGCAGAGGAAGAAUGGCGGACUGCUUAGAAGACAUGGAUGCAGGGGACGAUCCUGUUAGAAAAGCUUUCAGCAAAAUGUCAAUUCAGUUGUAUAAUUAUGGAGAAGGAUUAAUGGGGAAAGUUGCUUCUGAUAAGUGUCACAAAUGGGUAUUCAAAGAACCUUCAGAAUGUGAUCAGAGCAUCUCUAACUAUUGGCAAAGUUCUUUUGAUGCCCUUCCAACUGAAUGGAAUGAACAGUUUGAAUCUGGAAUCCAGACUAUAGCUGUAAUACAAGCUGGCCAUGGGCUUCUGCAACUUGGUUCUUGCAAGAUUGUACCUGAAGACCUUCAUUUUGUGCUUCGAAUGAGACAUACCUUUGAAUCACUUGGCUACCAAUCUGGUUUCUAUCUCUCCCAGUUAUUUGCAUCGACAUCUUCAAAUCCUUUAAAGCAACCAACGGUCCCGAUCCACCCACCACCACCCGCCGCCUUCAACUGGGCGGCGCCGAAGCCAAUGCAAUCGCCGAAUUUCCAGAAUCAUACAAGACUAGGGUUUGCGCCUAAAGACGAGACACACAUGUUCCUUCUUCCUCAUUCAUCUGAACCACAAAUGGGAAACAUGAUGGGUUCUGAUCAUGUUGAAAGCGACAUCAAAUGGCCUAAUGGGCUGUCGUUCUUUAAUGCACUCACCGGAAGAAGUGAUGACGCGAAGCUUUUGUUCAAUGCAGAAGAAGGACUCGGUGGUGGAAAGCAGCCAGACGGCGGCCAGAAUUUGAAUCAUGAUAAACAUAUUCCCGAGGCUGCUAUGUACACCGAUGUUAUGGAAAAUUUCUUGGAGUGAUAUGUUUAGUAAUGGUUGUUUUUCGUAAUGUUUAGUAGUCGU